CAUUUCUUUUGCUUCAAGAGACAACCAAAUGAAGCAAUAGCUCACAGACUUAUAUACUUAUGUGAGCUUCUCUUUCCCUCACUCUCUAAACCAAUCUUUUUCACCUAUUUCUCUUGACAUCUUCAAUGGAGAUCAGAUCAAAGAAGAAAGUUCAAUUAUGGAAGAAAGCCAUUGUUCAUUUCUCUCUAUGUUUUGUCAUGGGAUUCUUCACAGGCCUGGCUCCAACCGGUAAGUCAUCGAUUUUCUCUACUCGCGCCAUUCAAUCCAACAAAACCUCACAAUAUUCGCCACAGACCGUACAAGUGUUACACCAGCAAGCAACACCAAUUCCUACUAGUUUUAACAGAAGUUUGAUCGACCAAACCCCGUUGGCGACUGAAGAACCAGAAGUAAUUAUACGAAAAGAAGAGGAAGGAGGAGGAGAAGAAGAAAACAACUUGUCACCAAGAAGGCUUAUAAUUAUUGUGACACCAAUGAGCAGCAGAGACCGGUUUGGAGCUGUGUUUUUGAGGAAAUUAGCUUGUUCCAUAAGAUUAGUUCCUCCACCAUUGCUCUGGAUUGUUGUGGAACAACAAUCGGGUUCGGAUGAGAUAUCGGAAAUGCUUCGAAAAACCGGAAUCAUGUACAGGCAUUUGGUGUUCAAGGAGAAUUUCACUGACCCAGAAGCAGAACUUGAUCAUCAGAGGAACAUUGCUCUUAAGCACAUUGAACAGCAUAGGCUUAGCGGGAUUGUUCAUUUCGCGGGCAUCUACAAUGUCUACGAUCUGGGUUUCUUUGACGAGCUUCGAGGAAUCGAGGUGUUUGGGACAUGGCCUACAGCAUUAUUAGCAGCAAACAGGAAGAAAGUGAUAAUCAAAGGACCAGUUUGUGAUUCCUCACAAGUCAUAGGAUGGCAUAUAAGGAAGAUCAACAAUCAGACAGACAGAAAGCCUCCAAUUCAUGUCUCAAGUUUUGGAUUCAACAGUUCCAUCCUCUGGGAUCCUGAAAGAUGGGGUCGCCCUUCUUCCUCUCAACAAACAUCACAGGAUUCAAUCAAAUUUGUGAAAGAAGUAGCACUUGAAGAUGAGACAAAGUUGAAGGGGAUACCACAAGAGGAUUGCUCCAGAAUCAUGCUUUGGCGUUUUCAUUUCCCCAUUUUAACAUCACAUAUUACUACAAGCCAUCCUUUGACCUCUGGGAGAUGAUCAUCAAUGGGGGAUCUAAUCUUUUUAAUCAAGAAUUAAUAAUAUUCAAGAUAUAAUAUAGUGAGUGUGUUAGACAAUUUGGAAAUGUAUCUUGCAGGAGAAAAUUUAUUUGUAUGAUUCUUUUUUAAUCAAAAUUUUUGAUGUUAAUCAAUCUACAAGGCAUUCCUUUCUUAGUUAA